AUGGGCAAUGCGAGUGAUUGCUUAAUUCCUCCUCAAAAGCAAACUGUUCGACGCUUCUCUUCGUCUCCAGACGUUACGAGUAUACGAAUGUACAUGUAUCUUGAUAUCUCGAAUAUCGUAGAAACUGAAACGAGGCGGCCUGGUGCAGCACAUUCACCUGCCUGGAAACACCACAAACGAGAGAUUCAGUUGGGUUCCAAAUUCUGCAAAGUAGCUGUGAAAAGUGGGCUGGACAUCUUCCGCGUCUUUGACUGUUUGAAUUACAUGCCCAACCUAGUCGUCGGAAUGGAGGCGGCUGGGAACGCUGGCGGCGUGGUCGAGGGCGCUUUUUGCUACUCGGGUGAUGUGUCCAGCCCGAACGAACACAAAUAUACGCUUCAGUACUAUUUAGAUCUAGUGGAACAGUUGGUAAAGGCUGGCACCCAUAUUCUGGGCAUAAAAGAUAUGGCAGGUUUACUCAAACCUAAAGCUGCCCGACUCCUGGUGAGCGCUAUCCGAGAUCGCUAUCCGGAUCUUCCAAUCCACGUGCACACUCAUGAUACCGCUGGUGCUGGUGUAGCGAGUAUGCUGGCAGCCGCUGAGGCCGGAGCAGACGUUGUCGAUGUGGCGGUAGACAGUAUGUCGGGCAUGACUAGCCAACCUAGCAUGGGUGCGGUCGUUUCCAGUUUACAGGAUACCCCGCUCGAUACACAAAUUUCUCGAGAAAAUAUCUCAGCCUAUUCUGCGUAUUGGGAACAAACGCGUCGGUUGUACGGACCGUUCGAAUGCACAACCACCAUGCGUUCGGGGAACGCGGACGUUUACGAUAACCAAAUUCCCGGUGGACAAUACACAAACCUGCAAUUCCAAGCUUUCUCACUCGGGCUUGGUGACCAGUUUGAGGACGUUAAGAAGAAAUAUUGUGAGGCAAACGAACUAAUGGGUAAUAUUAUCAAAGUCACGCCUUCUUCGAAAGUUGUCGGCGAUUUGGCACAGUUUAUGACUCAGAAUCAACUCACUGCAGAAACUCUGUUAGAAAAGGCCGAUGAACUUUCCUUCCCCGCCUCGGUUGUUGAGUUUUUCAGUGGUGAAGUUGGGAUUCCCUACGGCGGAUUUCCGGAGCCUUUGAGAACAAAAGUCAUGCAUGGCAAACCAAGUCUGACGGAACGACCUGGAGCCUCUUUGGAACCCUUGGACAUGGAUAAACUAAAAGCUAGCCUGAAAGCCAAAUUUGGUCGAGAUUUCGAUGACCGUGAUCUAAUGUCCUCGGCCAUGUAUCCCAAAGUGUUUGAAGAAUUUGAACAAUUCCGACAGCAAUAUGGUUCGGUCGACAAACUUCCAACCAGAGUUUUUCUCAAAGGUCCGGAAAUUGGUGAAGAAGUUACGGUUGAGCUUGAAAGGGGCAAGAAAAUUACCAUCAAAACGCUAGCGGUCUCCGGGUUGCAUGGCGGGAAACGAGAAGUGUUCUUUGAAAUGAACGGACAACUUCGGUCGGUGCAUAUUACGGACAAUGAAGCAACCAAGACAAAACUAGUUCAUCCAAAGGCCGAACCGGACAUGAAAGGAUCCAUCGGCUCACCCAUGCCCGGCGAUGUUGUUUCUGUCAACGUGAAAAAGGGCGAUACGGUCGAACGUGGACAGAAAUUGGUUACCAUAUCAGCGAUGAAAAUGGAGACCGCGGUCACUGCACCAAUAGCCGGACGUGUCAAGGCAGUGCAUGUUGAUAAGGGUAUGAAGACUUCAAACCAGCCUGACAAUCAAGAAACUGCAAGCAAUCAAGGAGAUGGCCUGGCAGGAAUGAUGGAGAAUGAACGCCGACAAUACCAACAUUGCGCAGUUCUACGAACUGCCAAAGAUGCGAAAAAAGGAACUUCAUUUCGACCGAUCGUUUCACUUCUGAGAACUCCAUCUUACAGAUUAGUGAAAGACUUAUGA